GUGAAGUAGUCGCCAACAUUUCGGACUAGACGGAACGAAUGCCCACUUUGGGUUGUUAAAUGUUUUUGACCCCACCGUUUUUGAUCUAAAGUUAUAUCUGGCAAAUAAUAACGUUAAGGCAUAUUUCAUGAAAGUUCUGGAGUUUAGUAAGAUAUAAUCACACCCACAACCGAUGAAUCUUCCCGUUUAAUACCAGUAGUAAACUUUGGCGGCUAAAAUAAAAAACGUAUUGUGUCAGUUUAUUGUAAGCUUAUUAUUGCAAGUAAUUAUUCUGUACAAUGACCGUGGAUUCUGCGGUAACUAUUAUACCUAUUCUCCAACAAAAAUGUGACACUUUAAAAAGCAAGAUAGCAGAUUUCACUUUGGUUAAUCAGGCCUUACAAUUGAAAACUUAUCAACUAUUAAAUUUCAUCAAUCGUCACGAAGAUUUCUCUGGUUUAAUUACAAAAGAAUACGAUGAGGUUUCUAACGAUAUUAAUAUUGUUCAAUCAGCCAUAGAUAGGUAUACAUGUGAACUGGAAGAUUGGAAAUCGAAACUUGAUCAGUAUAUGAUGAUGGUGACAACUGUGGUGUUAAAUAACAGUACUAAUAGUACAACUAACGGUAGUAAUGUUAGUAAUCUUAAUAAUAAUAACAAUGGGGAUGACAGUAUCAAUUUGACAUUUGGGUCAACUAAAUUACCUAUUGUUGCGUCAUCUCAAUCUCCGUCUCUUCCAUCCGUGUUCUUAUCGUCAACCAACUCCCCAGUUCAACUAGAUAAUUCAUCUUUAGGAACUCUACAAAGUGUUAAUAAUAAAUUUUCUGAGUUUAAAUCAUCUCACCCAACAACAACAACAAUAACAACAAAAUUACGUUUACGUGCACACUUCCCAAACAGUCAAUUUACAUUAGUUGAAAUUAAAUCUGGACAACAAAUCAAACAUGCUUUAGAAAAGAAAUUAUCACAUCGUGGUCUACACUUAGAACAGUUAAUUGUUUACCGAUCACGUACAGGUCUACCAGUUUCAUGGGAAGAUGACGCUGAACAAAUUGCUUUAAUUGGUGAAGAAUUAAUAGUUGAUUUUGCUCGACGAAACUUUAAACGUUUAGAACAUCAUUUUCAACGAAAGACAUUUUUUGAAAAGGCUUAUUGUAAUCUAUGCCAUAAGUCUAUAUUCCAUGGUGCUAUAUGUAAAGCCUGUGGUUGCGCCUAUCAUAAUCGUUGUCUUCCGCGUGUCGAUAAGAAUUGCUUGUCCAAUUUAGAUGAUGAUGUUUUCUAUGUUGGUGAUCAACUAAGCAGUCGAAACUCUUUGGGUACUUCUAAUUCAUCUAUACACGGAUCAAAUUGGUUAGUUUCUUCAAAUGCAACACCAGGCUAUACACAUUUCUAUCAUUUUAAUCCUGAAGACCUAACAACAGUUCGUGUAUUGACUAAUUCUACUGGAGGUGGUUUCGAUAGUAAUAAUCUUCUAUUGAAUAGUCAAUAUCUUCCAACAUCUUUCGAAAGUGGAGGUGGACAUUUUCCUCGUCAGUGUUUGUCACUAACCUGUAGAGAACGUUCAUCGUCAACACCGAAUGUAUCGAACAAUUUAAUUCCACCAAAUCAACAGAAAAGUUUAUUCACUCCCAGUUCACUUGGAAAGCGAGAGGCGAAUAAAAUUAUUCAAGGAUCCCCUUUACACAUUGUAUAUCCAGUUACAAAUUAUAAUUAUACAACUGGUAAUGGAGUACCAGAAAGUCCAUCAAUUCCCAAUGAUGGUUGUUUUCUAUCAAAUUUAUCUAUACCAUAUAAUCAAAGAUCUGGCAGUGAUCCAAAACAAUCUAUCAAAGUAAAAAAUAGACGUGGUUCAAAUGAUGAAUGGGAGAUAAAUGGACAAGAAAUUACUAAAGGUCCAAGAAUCGGUUCUGGAUCAUUUGGUACUGUAUUUAAAGGUUAUUGGCAUGGAAAUGUUGCUAUUAAAGAAUUGAAUGUUGUUGAUCCUACACCACAACAAUUGAAAGCUUUCAAAAAUGAAGUCAGUGUAUUGAGAAAGACACGACAUGAAAAUAUUCUUUUAUUUAUGGGUUGUGUCUCUAAACCAUGUAUAGCUAUCAUCACUCAAUGGUGUGAAGGGUCCAGUUUGUAUAAACAUCUUCAUGUGUUAGAGCAUCGUUUUGAUGUUCCAGAACUAGUCGAUAUUGCCAAGCAAACAUCACAGGGAAUGGAUUAUUUACAUGCUAAGAAUAUAAUACAUCGUGACUUAAAGUCAAGUAAUAUAUUCUUACAUGAUCGUACUGUGAAAAUUGGCGAUUUUGGUUUGGCCACAGUAAAAAGUCGUUGGUGGAAUACUGGUUGUCAACAACCAACUGGAUCUAUAUUUUGGAUGGCUCCUGAAGUUAUUCGUAUGGAAGGUGAAACACCGUAUACUAAUCUUUCAGAUGUAUACGCAUAUGGUGUAGUGAUUUAUGAAUUGAUUACUGGUCAACUACCUUAUUCUCAUUAUAAUAAUCGUGAUCAAAUUUUAUUUCUUGUUGGUCGAGGUUUAUUAAAACCUGAUCUAACUGUAUGUCGUGCAGAUAUUCCUCAUCAAUUACAACGUUUAUCAUUAGAUUGUUGCAGUUUUCAACGUGAAAAUCGACCACCAUUCUCUCAGAUUUAUCCAUGUUUAGAUUCAUUAUAUCGUUCAUUACCAAAAUUACAUAAAUGUUCAUCAGAACCAAAUAUUAAUGGUAUUGUAUCACGUGGUAAUGUAACAAUUGGAUCAUCAAACAAUGAACGUUUAGGUAUGGAUGAAUUUAAUGAUAAACGUAUUAUUUCUAAUAAAUCUGCUACAGUUACAACUAAUUAUUUAAGUUUAUCACCAAAAACACCAUUUAAUAAUAGUAAUAGUAAUAAUAACAAUAAUAAUAAUAAUGGUAAUACAAUAUCAUCAUCAAUUACAAAUGAAUUGUUUUUUACAAAUCGACCCAGAGACAAUUAG